AAUGAUUUAAAAGCCUGACGUUGUACAUCUGCCAAUGCAAACACACCGUCCAAGGUGAUACUUAACCCGCCUCCCACCAUUAGCACAUUUAUUAGUUAUAAUUUACUAUAAAACGGCUUAAACAAACUUUUAACCGAAUACUUUACCACCGACAAUCAAUCUACUUGUACCAAUUUUUUUUUUCUUUAUUUUUUGUUAACUUCAAUCGCGUUUAUUACGCGGCCCAGCUAUUCUAGCCAUUUAGUAUUUCACCAUUUUUUUUUUUGUUUAAAUUUUUUUUCAAUUAUUUGGUAAUUUUUAUAAAUAUGAAAGUUGUGUUGUGUGUCAUUAUUUUUUAUUGGAGUAGGACAAUUUAUUCAUUACCGAGGAAUCAUAAUAGCUGGGCCAAUGAGGAUUCAAAAUUUUCAUUAAAUUUAUUCAAUUCAACAUCAACUCUCGAUAACGACGACAUGGCAAUUAUCGACGAUGGUUUUAUUGUCGAUACGAAUCCUCCUAAAAUAGCAUUUCCAAAAAUGCCAAAUUUAUGCAGCGAUUGUGUUUGUGGUAUUGGAAGAAAAACGAGGAUUGUCGGUGGUACAACAGCAACAAUUGGUGAAUUUCCAUGGAUGGUCGGUAUAACAAUACGUGGAAAAUUUCAUUGUGGGGGUAGUUUGAUCACUCGUCGCCAUGUUUUGACUGCUGCGCACUGCUUAGAAGGAUAUGACGAAAGACACUUUGAAAUUUAUAUCGGUAAUCAAGAUUUUGAUAAACCAAGCCCAGAUGCCAUACGCCGACGUGUUAAAUCAUGGACUUUCCAUAAAGAUUUUAAUACUUAUAAUUUAAAUAACGAUAUUGGUGUUGUUGAAUUAGAUCGUUCUGUUUCAUUAGACAGUUCUAUUCGUACUGCAUGUUUACCAGAAAAUCGUGCCAUUGAUUACACAGGAUCAUUAGCAACAGCCAUUGGAUGGGGACGCACAUCAGAAGGUGGGGACGUUAGUUCAACAUUGCGUAAAGUUAAAGUCCCUGUUUUAUCCGACGAAGAAUGUGAUGAAGCCGGUUAUCAAAAAACCCGACGUACUGAUAACAUGUUCUGUGCUGGUUAUCUUGAAGGCCAGCGUGACGCUUGUUCUGGCGAUAGUGGCGGACCUUUAUUAGUCAAAGGUCCUUAUGGACAUCUGGAAGUAAUAGGAAUAACAUCAUUCGGGCGAGGAUGCGCGAGGCCAAGAUAUCCAGGUGUCUAUACCAAGUUAACAAAUUAUUUGGGAUGGUUACGUGACCAUUUACAGGGAGAAUGUAUUUGCCCACCUGCAAUAAUGGUGAUAGAUAAAAAUAUAUUAAUUAUUGUAUUUAUUGUUUUAAUUAAUAAUUGUAAUUCUUGGUCGAAAAGUACAAGUUUAAGUGAUGAUUACAAUAAUCGUACGGGAAAAUUUCUUUUCGAUGAAAUUUUCGGUAUUGACGUAACUGCUGGUGAUAGUAUCGAAAGUGAUGAAGGACAAGCCAAAAAUUGUAGCUGUGAAUGUGGAGUACAGAAUCAAGAAAUUCGUAUAGUAGGUGGUAAACCUACAGUACCUCAUCGUUACCCAUGGAUUGCGAGACUUGUUUAUGAAGGUCGUUUUCACUGCGGUGCUAGUUUAUUAACUACUGAAUAUGUAUUGACGGCAGCUCAUUGUCUUCGCAGAUUAAAAAGAUCAAAAUUACGAAUCAUUCUUGGUGAUCACGAUCAACAUACAACAACAGAUGCGCCUGCAGUUAUGAGAGCUGUUGCUGCGAUAAUACGUCACCGCAAUUUUGACAUCAAUUCAUACAAUCACGAUGUGGCAUUAUUGAAAAUGAGGAAACCUGUUGUUUUUUCGAAAACAAUACGUCCGAUUUGUUUGCCUCAGCCAGGAUCCGAUCCAGCGGGCAAAGAUGGCACCGUCGUAGGAUGGGGGCGUACGAUGGAAGGGGGAAUGUUACCUGGAGUUGUUCAUGAAGUUAAAGUACCUAUUUUAACUCUCGAUCAAUGCCGCAAAAUGAAAUAUAAAGCUCAUAGAAUUACUGGUUAUAUGCUUUGUGCUGGUAAAGGCAGUCAAGAUUCAUGUCAAGGUGAUUCUGGUGGUCCAUUACUCGUACAAGAGGGCGAUAAAGUUGAAAUUGCUGGAAUAGUUUCAUGGGGAGUCGGCUGUGGAAGACCAGGAUACCCUGGAGUAUAUACACGAGUAGCUAAAUAUUUAAACUGGAUAAACACAAAUAUGGAUGACUCUUGCUUAUGUAACAAAUAAAAAAAAAAUGAACAAUUAAAUACACCAAAAAUAAAUUAAUAAAUAAUAUAUAUAUCACAUAUAUUGUAUAUAUUUAUGUACAGUCUACAAAUUAUAAAAUAAAACUUUAAUUUUUUUUUAUGGAGAAUUUAUUUUCAAUAAA